AGUGUGAAAUUUUUGAAUCAAGCAUUGGAAUACAAGUUACAACAACGUUGAUACGGUGAUCCAAUAGAAAGAUGCUUUCAGGGUUGAAAUUCAUACCCCGAGAUCAAAUUGACAAGGCACAAGAAAAAAAUGUAAAUGAUAGUAGCAGAGAGAGAAAGAAAUCUGGUAGUAAGAAGAGAAAAGAUAGAAGAAAAAAGAAGAGUUCUCGCUGUCAUAGUUCGGAUGAUGAACUAGAGAAAAUAAAGAAGGGGUCUAGAAGGAAAAAUAAGUGGUACACUUCUGAUGAUGAGUUGUCGUCAAAUUCAUCUGAAAGUGAAAGUGGGAGCGAUUCUGACCGAGAUAAAAAGAAGCGAAGGGGCAAGAAAAAAGAGAAGAAGGAUAAGGAAAGAGAUGGUGAGAAGAAUGACGUGGAAGAGGAUUUGCAUGAAAAUGGUGGAGGAUUGGAUUCCAUAAAUAUUGUGAGGAAGGAAAUGGGUCUGGAGUGGAUGUUCCGUCCUACUGAGAAAAUCACAACUUCUCCUAAUCAUCAGCCAGAGAAAACACAGGCAGAGGAGAUUAAGAAAGAGAAUCCAAGAGAGUUAAAUCCAUAUCUGAAGGAUAAUGGCAGUGGUUAUCCCGAAGAAUCAGCUGAGACAAAGGCCGUAGGGACACAACUUUUGUCUUCUUCUGUUGUUGGGGAUGGAGGUGCUAGCUGGAGACUAAAGGCUUUGAAACGUUCUCAAGAGCAAGCAGCCCGUGAAGGACGGCGUCUUGGGGAUGUGGUGGAAGAGCGGUGGGGUUCUCUAAGUCAACUGGCUGUUCCUGUGGCAUCUCAUAGAGCUGCCCCAUCUCAUGCUCAUCUGCAUGCCAUAAAAAAUAGGAGGAGGGGGCUAACAGACGGACAAACAAUUAAUGCCAAUCAAAAUGAAAUGGCUUCUGAGAAGAGCACUGACCAAGAACAACCGCUGGAUUUUCCCCUUCGGCAUCCUAAAAUGCGAGUGCCCAAACUUGACGAGUCUUUGACCUGGGGGAAGCGCAAAGGUCAAAGUAUGUCAACUAAAGAUGCUGGCCUUAUCUCUUCUGCACUGUCCAGCUUAAAUAAGUUUGCCAAUGAUGGAAGCUUCAUGCGGGAAGUCAUGCAUCAGCAUACUAAUGAUUCUGAUGCAUCUGUUGGUUCUUCAUUUACAAACUAUGAUAGAGAUGUGAAGUCAGAAUUGGUUUCAUUAGAGUCAGAAAAGCUUAGUGAAGAUGGUGCAGUUGUUAAACCAGCAUUGAGUGCAAACCAGUUGGCAGCAAAGGUUUUACAACUGCGCAUGAAAGGAAAGCAUGAAGAAGCGGAGAAACUAUUGAAAGAAGCCGACAACAUCAAAGUGAAAGCUGGUGCUGGUGAAGAAUCAAUCAGAGUACGAAAUGCGGGAACCUCAAGCAGGCAUUUCAUGCAUGAUAUAUCUCUUCGUCAAAAGAAGAAAGAUGAGGAUGCCGACAUGCACCUAGCUCAAAAGAUAGUAAGGAACCAACAGUAUAGCAUAUCCGGUAGGGCAGAUGAUGAAUACGACUAUGAAGAGGGUCCAAGUAGAAAGACUCGGAAGAAAUUACGGGGUGAUGAUCAUAAGUCAGCUGAGAGAAGCAAUCUUGGAAAGCGCAUUUUGACUCAGCAAGAGCGCUGCCAAUUUUGCUUUGAGAAUCCAGCAAGGCCAAUGCAUCUUGUUGUGGCAAUUGCCAACUUUACCUAUUUAUCAUUACCACAAUUGCAGCCUAUUGUUCCAGGUCACUGUUGCAUUUUACCUAUGCAGCAUGAAUCCUCCACUAGAACUGUUGAUAACAAUGUUUGGGAUGAAAUUCGCAACUUCAAAAAAUGCCUUAUAAUGAUGUUUGCAAAGCAAGAGAAGGAUUUAGUGUUCCUUGAAACUGUAAUGGGAUUGGCACAGCAACGGCGCCAUUGUUUGGUAGAUUGUAUUCCUUUGCCCCGCGAAAUUGCGAAGCAGGCACCUCUGUACUUUAAGAAGGCAAUUGACGAAGCUGAAGAUGAGUGGAGCCAGCACAAUGCGAAGAAGCUUAUCGAUACGAGUGAGAAGGGGUUGAGGAGUUCAAUUCCAAAGGAUUUCCCUUACUUUCAUGUUGAAUUCGGGCUUAAUAAGGGCUUUGUUCACGUAAUUGAUGAUGAAUCGCAAUUCAAAAGCCACUUGGGUCUCAAUGUUAUCAGGGGCAUGCUACGUUUACCAGCCGAAGACAUGCAUCGUCGCCGUAAGCAUGAAUCAGUGGAGGCGCAAAAACAAGCAGUUGCAAGCUUUGCUCAAGAUUGGGAGCCUUUUGACUGGACGAAACAACUCUGA